UUCCCCGCUCUCCCUCUGUUUCAAAUCCCCAUCUCUCCCUAUAUAAAUCCAACCAUUUCCUCCAAUUCUUCUGCAACCAUAUCCAGAAUUCAAAACCCUAAUCCUAAAUUUCUCGCUUUCCAAUCACAAAAGUCAACGAAAAUGCCGGCCAUUCCCGAAGAGCCAUUGCUCGCUCCGAACCCGGACCGGUUCUGUAUGUUCCCGAUCCAGUACCCGGAGAUCUGGGAAAUGUACAAGAAGGCGGAGGCCUCCUUCUGGACAGCUGAGGAGGUCGACCUCUCCCAGGACCAACGCCACUGGGAAGCCCUAACCCCCGACGAGCGCCACUUCAUCACCCACGUGCUCGCCUUCUUCGCCGCCUCCGACGGCAUCGUUUUGGAGAACCUCGGCGGACGCUUCAUGAAGGAGGUCCAGGUCGCCGAGGCACGCGCCUUCUAUGGCUUCCAGAUCGCCAUUGAGAACAUCCACUCCGAGAUGUACAGCCUCUUGCUGGAGACCUACAUCAAGGAUUCGGUAGAGAAGGAUCGCCUGUUCCACGCGAUCGAGACCAUCCCUUGCGUGGCCAAGAAGGCCCAGUGGGCCCUCCGUUGGAUCGAUGGCUCCGAGUCCUUUGCGGAGCGGAUCGUUGCCUUCGCGUGCGUCGAGGGGAUCUUCUUCUCCGGGAGUUUCUGCUCGAUAUUUUGGCUCAAAAAGCGCGGGUUAAUGCCCGGCCUGACGUUCUCCAACGAGCUGAUUUCGCGAGACGAGGGCCUCCACUGCGACUUCGCGUGCCUGCUCUACUCGCUUCUAAGGAAGAAACUAAGCGAGGAGCGCGUGAAGGCCAUCGUGUGCGACGCAGUGGAGAUCGAGAAGGAGUUCGUAUGCGACGCUCUGCCGUGCGCGUUAGUGGGGAUGAACGGGGACCUAAUGAGCCUGUACAUCCAGUUUGUAGCUGAUAGGCUCUUGGGCUCGCUAGGGUACGGGAAGGUGUACAAUGUUCAGAACCCGUUUGAUUGGAUGGAGUUGAUCUCGUUGCAGGGGAAGACUAAUUUCUUCGAGAAGAGAGUCGGAGAGUACCAGAAGGCCUCUGUGAUGUCCAGCAUCAACGGCAAUGCCGACACCCACGUGUUCAAGUUGGAUGAGGAUUUCUGAAUUGUAAUAAUAUUCGUGGUUCGCUUAAUUAGUGUAAUAUUAUGGCUUUUUCUUUUUCUUUUUUUCUACAAUUUCUUUCUUUGUUUUAUUUCUUGCUUGGGAAAUUAUAAAAGGAAUAUUUUCAUUUA